CGAGUGGAGCUGCGGUGCGCCCACAGGUCCAGGAUGCAGGCACUCAUGCUGCUCAUCUGUACUGGAGCCCUCCUCGGCCAAGCUAGUUCCCAGAAUGCUGGUGGGAGCCUGGAGGAGGGUUCCCCAGCCCCCGACACUACAGGGAUGCCAGUGGAGGAGGAGGAUCCCUUUUUUAAGGUGCCUGUCAACAAGCUGGCGGCCGCCAUCUCCAAUUUUGGCUACGACCUUUACCGUGUCAGAUCCAGCUCGAGCCCAGCUGCCAACGUGCUCCUGUCUCCGCUCAGUGUGGCCACGGCCCUGUCGGCCCUGUCACUGGGAGCGGAGCAGCGAACAGAAUCCAUCAUCCACCGGGCCCUCUAUUAUGACCUGAUCAACAACCCAGACCUUCAUGCCACCUACAAGGAACUCCUUGCCACUGUCACUGCCCCCCAGAAGAAUCUCAAGAGUGCUUCCAGGAUUGUCUUUGAGAGGAAGAUGCGGAUAAAAUCAAGCUUUGUGGCACCUCUGGAAAAGUCGUAUGGGACCCGGCCCAGAAUCCUGACCGGCAACCCUCGCUUGGAUUCCCAGGAGAUUAACAACUGGGUGCAGGCCCAGAUGAAGGGGAAGAUUGCUCGGUCCACAAGGGAAAUGCCCAGUGAAAUCAGCAUUCUCCUUCUUGGUGUGGCUUACUUCAAGGGGCAGUGGGUAACAAAGUUUGAUUCCAGAAAGACUUCCCUGGAGGAUUUCCACUUGGAUGAAGAGAGGACUGUGAGAGUCCCCAUGAUGUCAGACCCUAAGGCCAUUUUACGCUACGGCUUGGAUUCUGACCUCAACUGCAAGAUUGCCCAGCUGCCCCUGACUGGAAGCACGAGUAUAAUCUUCUUCCUGCCCCAGAAAGUAACCCAGAACUUGACCCUCAUAGAAGAGAGCCUCACCUCUGAGUUCAUUCAUGACAUAGACCGAGAACUGAAGACUGUCCAAGCAGUUCUGACUAUCCCUAAGCUGAAGCUAAGUUAUGAAGGCGAAGUCACCAAGUCCCUGCAGGAGAUGAAGCUCCAGUCUUUGUUCGAAACGCCAGACUUCAGCAAAAUCACAGGCAAGUCAAUCAAGCUUACUCAGGUGGAACACCGGGCUGGUUUUGAGUGGAAUGAGGAUGGGGCAGGAACCACCCCCAGCCCUGGCCUCCAGCCUGCCCGCCUCACCUUCCCCCUGGACUACCACCUUAAUCAGCCUUUCAUCUUUGUACUGAGGGACACGGACACAGGGGCCCUUCUAUUCAUAGGCAAAAUUCUGGACCCCAGGGGCACUUAAUGCUCCAGUUUAAUGUUCAAAUUCCCUAUAAGAAAAUAAGUCCAGAGGGACGGCCAGUUAUGCUUUCUACAAAAGCUGCCCCUAUAAUGUUUCAAUGUAUACUUUGCAAUAAAAGAGCUUUAUCC